AUGAAGAUGUGUAUCGAGUUAACAUUGACGAUCCGACACGUCCUUCAAAUGAGUUUACUCGUGAAACCAUGCAUCAAAAUUCUCCACCGGUCAAUCCAUUUCGAAAUCCUGCUUCCAGAACGCCACAAAGGAAGAUUAAGACGUGAGAGUGCUACAAACACAGUUGCAGGAAGCUCCAAAACUACUUCACGAGGAAAUCGUAAAAAACAGUCAUUUCAGGCAACUCUAAUAGAUACAAUGGUUGGGUUCAGAGAGUUUCAACGCCAAAGCUUACAACAAAUGCGCCCAAAUUCUUUUGAUCAAGAGGAUUAUGAUGAAUACGACAAGGCUGUCAAGAUGUUUGAAUCACUGGAGGUUCAGAAGAACACUGGAUUUUAUUGGGCAUGCUUACAAUCAUUGAAAGAUGAAAGAUUUUGGCGAAGACAUUUCAUUGACAGAGCUGAAAACACUGUCAAAGAUAAGCUACAAUUUUUGCAAGCUUUGAGUGGAUAUACACAAGACGGCGAAUUUGUUGGAAAAAAACUUGUCUCAGGUCAAAACAGCGGAAGUCCAAAUUUUGGUGGUUUUGUUUCUAAUAGUCCACCUUUCGGCGGUAAUAAUUCGUGGGGUCAAACUUCAGGUGGACAAUGGGGUUAUGGUUCUCAUCACUUGGGUACACCUCCAAAUCUUCAACAAUGGGGUACUCCUCCAAAUGCUCAACAGUGGGGUACUCCUCCAAAUGCUCAACAGUGGGGUACACCUUCAAAUGCUCAACGAUGGGGUACUCCUCCAAAUGCUCAACAAUGGGGUACACCUCCGAAUCCUCUACAGUGGGGUACUCCUCCAAAUACUCAACAGUGGGGUUCAUCAUCAAAUAUUCCACAAUGGGGCCCUACAUCAAAUGUUCAGCAAUAG